AGAGAGGGCCCGUUGUUCUCUUUGUGCAGUGUUGCAGUCUGCUGCUUGUGCUGUGAGUUCAACAAUUAUCAUAGAACCAUGAAUCUGAAUCUGUAACGAGCGUGGUUAGAAAUAGCUGUGUGGUCCUGAUCUAAAAAAAGGAUCUACUGAAGUCCGCAGAUAAUUGAAGAGCUUUUGAUCAUGAAUCUGUCCAGGCGAAUCUUGAGUAUUUCCAUGCUAGUCCCACCGAGGCACCCCCUCUUGCUCUUCCGCUUUGUAGCAACAUUGGUUCAACAACAUCAAUUUAUCUUUGUGUAUUUAUUGUUCUACUGUCAUUGCUGACGUUUUGCUGAAGUUUCAUCUACUUGUUUGUAUCAACACACUUUUUAGGUAGGGUGCAUCGUGGACGCGUUAUUUUUGAACGGAUUGGAAUAGCUUGAAGUUGUACUAACAAGGACAUUGAUUUUGAUCUUCAUUCAUCUAUCAAUCUUUCAACGUCACAGCACAUCAUACAUAGAGAGUAAAAGGCCUUCCAUCUUGUAGUUCAACACAUCUUGUCACAAGAUAGACCAAGAUGUCAUCGUUUUCAUUCUCUCGUUUUGCAUUCGCCUUUCUGGCCCUUGCUGCCGGUGUGAAUGCUGGCUGCAGCGCUGGUGAGCAGGCUUUUUGUAAGCUGAAUGGACAGUGGAGGACAGUGCUCAUCAAGAGCAUCAAUGCGAACAGUACUAUUCUUAUAGUUAUAUAUAAGAAUUCAAGAUCUUCUUCGUCUUCAAGAAGAAUAACGCCUGCAAUUUCAACAUAAGUAUUUAGUGAGCUCUACUAGUACUAGUAGUUGUAACAACCUAUCUUCAAUCUUAAAACUCUAACUCAUCAGAUGUCAUGUACCUCGAGUGGGCCCAUGAUCCAGCGAUGUGUAUGGACGUGAGUACUUCUACUCAAGCCCAGAACGCUUUCUGUACUGGCUGUGCGGCAGCGUGCUACUCGCACGCGUCAGAAUGCAUCGAGUAUCAAGCAUCCGGAGGCGCGGCUAUUGUUAUGAAGAGAUGUCGAAGAGCAGCACUAGUAGUAGAUGAUGUAGUGACGAGAAUUUGUACAUAGGCAAGUACCGAAAAAGUUUCAGAUUUUACGGCUCAUAGGGGCGGGCUUGGUGGUGGUCUUGAUGGACACACGGAUAAUGAAUUGGUGUAACAAGUGAGUCCACUCAUCAUCUUCCAGCACGCUCCUUGGUCAGUAUAAUACUACGACAACAACUACUGCCACUGCAGUACCAUCAAGAGAUCUUCUCGAAUCCCUGACCAACCGAGACACCACCUCGCGUUAGGUAAAUGAAUGACUGAGUAUUUAGACAUUUAUUUCUUCUAAUCCCCACUACACAAGAACGUGUGGCGCUGCACCUGAUGGAAGCAGCGGCGGAUCCUCUGAAGACGAAGAAGUGGACACAACCGUGAUUGCAAUAAUUGCUAUCUGCGCUUCUCUCUUCGCCGCUUUUUGCGUCUACGGCAUCUUCCUGUAUUUCUUUGUCUUUUUUUCUUUCUUGUUGCGAUGAAGAAGAUCUUCGGUCUUCUUUACAGUGAGUACAGUGAUUUCUUGAACUGAAAUUAGUAUUACAAAAAUCUGAGUUCUUGCUGUAUUCGUUUCACUUCAUAUAUAUUAGUUUUCCUGAAUGUAGUGCAAACCUUCAAUAUUCUUGAUGGUCAGAAAGCUACCGCAGGAACUGCCCCUUGUUUGUCCCUCCGACCAGGUCCCGCAAAUCCGCCCAGGAUGAAGCAGCAGCUGGCGAUCCUGAUGACCGAAGACCUCCGAUGAGUAAACGCGGAAUGUCCUUCAACUGGGGUAAGCAAUCGGCGGCACACGCAAUAUCCAAGGUCUCUCAGGGUGGCGCCGUUGGGCGAUUGGCCAGAGGAAUGUCAACGAAAUUUGGCCAAACUAUGCGUCCGAGUAACAGAACCGCACCGGAGGCGUUGCCAGGUAUUUUUGAUUUAUAUAUGUAACUGAUGGUGUGCCUAUGCGUCAUGAUCAUGUUGAGUAUGUGAAAUAACUUACUCGUGUUGCUGUUCGAAUGGAGAUCAUGACCCUGCGCACCUGAUAGUUCAUAUGUCGUCCUGGUCGCGUUAGAUUUAGACAUCAAAAGUUUAUUAUGAUGAUCAAAAUCACCCGAGCCAUGAUCCGAAAAAUCCGAAAAAAUGCAUCCGAUGAAUGUAUUGCUAGUACUACAGUUAUAACAACUGUGUGAAGACGAAAAAGAUACACCAACAUGAUCAAAGGUGCGCCCCCGCAAGCGCGAGUGACACAUCAUGGCACUGGGCAGCAUCCUAGUGUGGCGCACGCGCAGGCAAUACAACAGGCGCAGCAACAUCGUGCGUCUCAUCUCAGUGCCCAGAAACCUGGAGCUCCGAUGAUAUCGCCGAGAGGCGCACACAAAGGCCCGCAGGCGUCGCCGAGAGGUGCUAUGCAGCCGUCCCCGAGAGGCGCCAUCCAGCCCUCGCCUAGGGGUGGGCCACGAUGA